AGCGGAGCCUGGGCUGGGUGCCGGUGCUGUUCAUCGCGCUGGUGGUCGGCUGGUCCUACUACGCCUAUGUGGUGGAGCUGUGCCUCUGCCAAGCUGCUGAGACCUGGUAGUGAAGAAAAUUGCUGCCAAUGAAAUGCUCAAGCUACAGUGAACUGCUUUUCGCUGGGGUGCUGAGAUGUGGGCCAGCCACUUAAUAUCAUUAUGGAAUUCAUAUGCACGUUUUUGUGUGCACAGAGCCCUGUACUGAACCCUUGGUUACUAUUAUCUUCACGGGGGAAAAGGGAAAAGCAAUUGUCUACCUUGUGGUUUUUCAUCUGUCAUUUGUCAUGUUCGUUUGGUCCUAUUGGAUGACAAUUUUUACAUCUCCCGCUUCCCCCUCCAAAGAGUUCUGUUUGUCCAAAUCUGAUAAAGAACAGUAUGAAAAAGAGGAAAGACAGGAAUCACAGCAUGAAAUUUUGAAGAGAGUUGCUAAAGAUUUACCUGUAUAUACCACAACAGCAUCAAGGGCCAUCAGAUACUGUGAAAGAUGCCAGCUAAUUAAACCCGAUCGCUGUCACCACUGCUCAGCAUGCGAUAUAUGUGUUCUGAAAAUGGAUCAUCACUGCCCUUGGGUGAAUAAUUGUGUCGGAUUUUCCAACUACAAAUUUUUCCUCCUGUUUUUAAUGUACUCCCUAUUGUACUGUCUCUUUGUGGCCACAACAGUCUUACAGUACUUUAUAAAGUUUUGGACGCUUUGCCGCAGGAAAUCUGCAGAGAAUUGUCCAAAGAAUGAACUACCAGACACACAUGCAAAAUUCCACGUUCUUUUCCUUUUCUUUGUGGCUGCCAUGUUCUUCAUCAGCAUCCUGUCACUUUUCAGCUACCACUGCUGGCUAGUGGGAAAAAAUAGAUCAACAAUAGAGGCAUUCCGUGCUCCCACGUUUCGAAACGGCCCUGAUAAAAAUGGCUUCUCCCUUGGCUGUGGGAAAAAUCUGAGAGAAGUUUUUGGAGACGAAAAGAAGUAUUGGUUGCUUCCUGUGUUUACAAGCUUAGGUGACGGCUGUAACUUUCCAACUCGUCUAGUGAUGAUGGAUCCAGAACAAGUCAUUGUCACGAGCCAAAGUGAGCCUGCCAAAAGCCCUGGGACCAAUCAGCCCUUGCCUAUAAGGCCACUUAGUGAAUCCAAAAAUCGAUUAUUGUCCAGUGAAUCUCAGUGGCUGGAUGGUGGAUCAGAAGAAGAAGGUGUCAAGUCAGGGAUAAAGAACCAUGUUACAGUUUCAAUAGAAAGUUGAUCUCAGUCUAUUAACGACCAGCUAUUUGAAUGAGAGAAAGGUUUAUACUACACAUUUGUGCUUGAAUAUAUUUUUUAAACUUGUGUGGGAGAAAUCGAUCUGCAGAAUGGAUCAGUGCGAAGGCUCAGAUGAUGUACAGACGAUGAAAUCUCCAGUCCAGAACCACGGAUGAUUGUACGCACUGUUGCAGGGCAGAAAGGAAGAAAGUUGCCUUAAGAAUCGUCAAUGUGCAUUUAUGCAAUACUGACUUAAAUCUGCUACAAAAGUGACUUUGAAAACUUCUAACUUUUCAUCAGAUGCUCUAAUACCUUUAAUCAUCUCAAAUUACAUGGGUGCAAUUUUUUGUCUCAACCUAGAUAAAAACUACCACUCCAAAAAAAACUUCCAGCUGUAUAGAUUUCUAAUGAGCAAGUACAGAAUGUUCAGGGCAGUGAUGUUGGGCUGCGUAAGAUGUGAAUGAACUGCAGAAUUCCUUCUGCAGGUUUGUACAGUUUGGGGAGGUGACUGCUUUUUUCUAUACUGGCCACUUGCCAGUUUAUAAAUGCUGUUUUUAUACUUGUAUGAUUUUUAAUGAAGACUUUUUUAUUGCCAGUUGAGAACCACUCAGAAAGUAUUCAGAUGUCUGGCUGCAAUCACGGUCAACAUUGAGCGCACUUGAUUUUCGAAUUGACAGGUCUAGUCCCAUGCGUGAGUAGAGCACUUUUAAUUUCCCGCUUGGCCAGUGCUUCAAGGGGAGUAGACGGACCUGGGAAGAAAUCAAGCUUUGCCUCUGUUUUCUGCUGCUCCCGAUGGGAUCCAUCUUGGCACCUCUGUUUAAAGGAGCCUUCCGGGGGCAUUUGCCUCCACUAAGAUCUAGCGUGUUUGUCUAGAAGAGCAGCGACAGGUGAUGGAGGAGGGAGCUGGGAAGACGAGGCAUCAGGGUUGGGGCGGGAUCUGCAGGCAGUAAAAGUAUCCUUAACCCCAAGUUUUGGGUUUUUUUAGUUUUUGUAUUGGCAGAGCCGCAUUCCGUUGACACUUAUUUCCAUUUUUAAAGAUAUUUUUUGAACGUUAGCUGGAUAUUAGAAAUCUGAAGCAGGCUUUUAAGAUGGAAGUCACAUCACCAUUCCAGUUGGGCUCACAGUCCCUCCUUGCACGUACCAAGGUGAGGAUUCUGAAUGCAGAUGCUGAAGCCCAGUCUGUAAGGCCCACCCACCUCCCUCCUCCUCCCCACCUUAUUCCUUUUUUUUUUCCUUUACAGUAGUCCAGGAAGACAGGAUAGAGUAUGUACCAGAUUAAUACAGAAUGCUCCUUUUCUCAUUGAGGAGGAAAUAUUAGUGUCUUGCUUUAGAAGCUCACAAAGAUUUCAGAGCACAUUUUUUCCCCACAGUGAUGAGUAAAGUGUUAAAGCUCUUUUUGUUUCUGUUUUAAGAGUGAUAUAAGCAGUUCCUUCAGUGAUCGGUAAAUUAUUUGAGAAGACCUUAGCAAAGCAGUUUUAUUUGGCAUUUUAGAAUAAGUUUAAUGUUUAACACUUUAAUUUUACCUCCUUCAUGCCUCACAGUAGGAAUGGAAUCUGCUAAGUGCUUGGGAGACCCAACAGAAGCACAAGAUGCAUUUGCUGCCCAGUAGGCGCUUCUAUGCUAACUAAAACGGUCCCCUUUGGAAUUUCUUCAUUCUCUUAAAAUACAUAGCUCCUUCUUCGGAAAAUGAAAGAAUCAGUAAGUUUUCGAAGCCAACUCUGGAAACUGAAACAUGACCCCCUCACCAUUGGUCUCUGCUGGGCAUGUUACGCCAUGCUCAUUCUAAAUCUUUCAGUGAGAAACAGUGAAGGGCUCUUCACUUUCCCCACCAGUGAUGUCCCCACCAGUGUUAAGGCUGCAGGAAGUGCCCUUGUUGCAUUUUAUUUUACAAUGUCAGCUUUUGUUUAGGAAUAAGUAUUUCUAAUAAACUGCACACAGUGGGGUAACCUUAGUCCUCCUGCUGUCAUUUAAGUGCAUCGGUACUACCUCUACGUCACUUGUUCUUUGUCUUAAUAACUUUGCCGUUAACUCCUUUAUAUUUGAGUUGCCUCCAAGUAGCUCCCCAGUAAAGUUAUUUCCCUUCCGAUCUGACCUGUUUGGUCUGGCCAUGCUUUUAUAGAACCUGAUUCCAAAUAUAUGGCAAUGCUUUUCUCAGCACACAGCAUCAAGUGGAUUAAAAUUGGCAAAAUCCAUGCCUUCUGCCCAGGACAGUCCUCGGCAUCGAUGUGCACUGCACAGUCAGCCGGGGAAGACUUUUCCAGCUACUCCAGCAGCAGCUGAUGCUUUAACUCUGUUUUGGGAAGAAUAUUUAAAAAUGAAGACCAAUUACAAGUCAGAGAAAAACAUAUACAUAUUUAUAAAAUGGUAUUUGUGAAAUGCUUAUUAUGUGCCAGGCCCUGUGCUAAGCUCUG